AUGUCUUCCUCCAUACUACAUCAGUGCCCGCACUGCGGGCACGUCUCCGAUAUCUCGAAUGCACUUGCAGCUUUUAUCGAGAACCCUCACUGUAAACAGUGCGGCAUGUCUGCUUCGGAAAGCAACACGAAAGUGCAGGACGAACUGGCAGCUCUAUUUGAUAGGCAAAUGAGUAUGACACAACUGCAUCCCGCCCCUAGAGAAACGAUCAUACCAUCUCAAGCGCCAGAAACUGCAUACAGCAUCACCCAACACUACCAGCACACCAACCAACCUACAAGCAUGGAUGUUCUACGACAUCACGGUCUUGAUCCAAGUUCCCUUACUUCGGACCAGCUUACCCUUUUUGAAAACGCCGAUUCAGAACAGAGAGAUCGUUUGAUUCAAACAUGGCAGCUCUAUUCGCAGUUUGGAAAUGAAGCAAAUGCCCCUGCUGGGGACUUUGCCAUGCAUGAUUCUGCUAUGGACGACAGUGGAGAUGGAAAUACCUAUGUUGAUGCUGAACCAUACAUGGUAUCUGGCUAUGAGAACGCCAAUCAAGCUCCCCAUCUCCCGAAAGAGCCCACCACUGGUGAAUCCUAUGUUGGCUCAAAGGACCCGGUGUAUCAAGGUCAACAGUGGUGGGAGCUGACAAAAGCUGGUCCAAUGGAAUCGCAAUAUGGUGCAUUUGAAGAGUCGAGAAGAUAUUACCCUAGCUGUGGUGUAUACCACUAUUAG